AUGCAAGAUUCUAGCGAGAGAGAGGCCAGCUCAAAAUUGACUUAUAUCCAGCAAGGGCAAAAGAACCAUAUACGAAAAUUGUAUUUAGCAAUAGAAGCCAGCAGAUUUAUGUGGACCGAUGUAUUUAGAAUUAUAAGAAACAUUACAUAUUUAAACUGUUUGCUAUUUUCUUGUCAAUUUGUUUUAAAUAGUGCUUUAGAGAGUAUUUCUCUUGCGGAGAAAAACAGGUGUAUUAUUCAGAAAAUAUCUACUUAUUAUUUUAUAGUUAUUCAAAUAGGACUUAUGAAAGACAUAAUGCUUCUUUCUAUUAACAAAUUAUUUAACCACAGAGAGGCUAGAAGGACUGCUAAAUUAAUUGUGGCAGUAGUUUACUUUUUUGUAUUUAUUCUGCUCUAUUUUAUUCCUACUAUACUUUUAGAAUACUCUACAGAUCUAUCAAGGAAUAGCAUUGUUCUGUUUCUGGGGAUAUAUGCCUUUAGUGGUAUUAUGCUGUAUCACUUUCUUAUAAAAGAGAUUAUAAGCAUUUUUAUACAAAAAACUCUAUACACAAGAAUAAAAAUAGAAUUCACACAGAAAGCAGUAGAGAAUAUAUGCAAUGUAGUAUAUUCUGUGGCGCUAGUGUUAAUAUGUGCAGCCAUUUUUCUAUAUAUUGGUUGGCUUAUACUGUUUCAAAUAAUAAAGGCUUACUGUGUAUAUUAA